GUAACGCGCGUGUUUGGGCGACAGCACAAAUUCUUGAUCGCCGCGUGGACGCUGUCAGUGAACCCGCAAAAUGGGCGACAGCAGCCGGCCGUGCACCGUGUGGCUCGGUUCGGAGACGGGUAUCCUGAAGGGCGUCAGCGUGUCUCGCAGACAAGCCCUCAACUUCUGUCACAGCUCGCAGUUGAGCCGCCAGCACGAGGUCCGGACGCUGUGUUGGGCCGACGCGGCCGAGAGCGAGCUUCUGGUCGGUGGCGUGGACGGAACCGUCAAGACUUUCAGCGUGGAGAAGGGAACCUUCACCGACGUGCGACAAUGCGGCGACCCCUCCGAUGGCUCCUUCGUCGGCCUCGCUACGCUAGAUGGCGGCGCCGCACUCGUGACGUGCCUGGGGGGAGGCGUGCUCCGUGUCUGGAGGGACGAGAGCGGCGAGCCGGCCGCGGAGAUCCGCGUGGGAAACGACAUAGCCCGGAUGAGGCAGAACCCGGAGCACAGGCACAAGGUGGCGACCGGCGGUAAAGAAAAUUGUCUUAAGGUGUGGGACCUGGAGAAGCCCGACAAACCCGUGUUCACCGCAAGGAACCUGCGGAACGAUUGGCUCAAUCUACGGCAGCCGCACUGGGUCAUGGACAUGGCUUUCAUACCAGGAUCCGACAAGGUGGUUACCUGCACGGGAUACCACCAGGUCCACGUGUACGACCCCUCCACACCCCAGCGUCGGCCCGUGCUGGAGGCCACCUACGGGGAGUACCCACUGACCACGUUGUCACUUCCCGCUGCAGGUGGCUCGGUAGUGGUGGGCAACACGCACGGGCAGAUUGCCGUCCUGGACUUGCGGAAAGGUCUGGUGCGGGGGUGCUUCAAGGGCUUGUCGGGCGGAGUCCGGGGCCUGCAGUGCCACGCGUCACAACCAGUGGUGGCAUCCUGCGGCCUGGACCGCUUCCUGCGUAUCCACAGCCUAGAGGACCGGCGCUUGCAGCAUAAGGUUUACCUCAAAUCCCGCCUCAACUGCCUGCUGCUCGCCAGCAGACCCUUGGAAGAGGCUGGGGACGACUGCCUGGAGGUGAAGGAGGAGGAUGACGAGGUGUGGGAUGCCAUGGAACAGGUAGAGGAGGGGGAAGAGAAUCCCAAGAGGAAAAUGUCAGAGGAAACAUCCGUAGAGCAAGAGAAUUCCAAAAAUGGAAUAUUGAAAGAAGGUGAAAAUUUCAUUAAUGAAAUAACUGAUGGUCAAGAAGAGAAAACACCGGAGAGCGAAGAGAGGGAGCCGCCGAAAAAACAGAAGAGGAGAAAGAAAGCUAAAGCAUGAGAGGCGUUCAUGGUAACAUUAAUGCCUGGGACUUUUGACAUACAGUACAUUUACUUAUUUUUGUCAGUUUCACACCUAUUAAAACUACUUUUUGAUUGUAUUCAAGCGUCUUUAGCUGCUUUGCUGUUGUAUAUUGAAAAAUUCACAAAAGGUCAGAUUAACUAAUUGACAUCCAUUAUGAGGCUCUUAUCAUCCUUCUGUUCUGAAUUUAGUUUGUCAUUAAUAAUGUCCAAUCCCAGGUUCUCUGCAGGUUACAACAAGCCAAAUUUAAGACUUUUUAUUUUUUAAGACCCAUUUCUCAUCGAUACCAGCAAAAAAGUACAAAAGACUUCUAGGAAAAUGACAGGUAGCUCCGCUUUGUAGUAGCGUAAUAGUGUCCACAAAAAUCCAAACAUUUAAAUGCAAGACUGAAGUUAAUGCAUGUUUUAAAUAAAAGGAACGUCAAUAAAGACAUUUCAAAUUAGUAUUUAAGACCUUUUGUGAUAUUUUAGGAGAUAUUUAGAAAUUUUAAGGCAUUUAAAUUACUGUAUUGGGCAUAAGACAUUUUCAGUCCUGUGGAUACUGGGGCUGCAGCUAUCGAUUAUUUUAGUAGUCAAUUGACGAACUUGUGAGUUCGAAUAAUCAAGUAAUCGGAUAAGGAACAUAAAAUACCUGAGCUGAGCUGCAAACAGUAUUAGUACAACGAAAGAACGACUGGCUAGCUUACAGGCUAUAAAAUGCUAACAAAAAAAUUUCAACGCUCUGAACAAAUGGUUGACCUAUUCCCACAAAAACUGCGAAAUUUACCAAUAAACAAAAUUAGGAAUGCAUUAAAAAAACAUUAGCUCAAACAAAAACUUAACCUUAUGCUGAUCUUAACAGGGAGCAGCUAGAUUGAGCCAUGUGAAAUGUGUUACGUCAUAUUCACUGUCGCCACUAGACGGCAGUAUCAACCCAAAUCAAUAAAACAAUGCAAACACUUUCAACAGAAACCAUGACGCCACUUUAAUGAAACAAAUACUCAAAGUAGUAAAAUUUAAUUCGAAUCUUUUAUGUAAUUACUCGAGUUAAUCGUCGCAGCACUAGUGGAUACCCUGAAUCCAUUCGAACUGGGAGGGGCAAACUUGUUUUUAAGAGCCACAUGACUGGACUUCUAUCAUCGUCAAUGGCACUGUAAAAGUUGAUUAAAAAACUCAAGGGGGGGAUUUGGACAUUUUUCAGGUCCCUUUAACAAUUUGACUUUGGCUAACAAAUUCACGUUGGCCAAUAGGUUGAUUGAUAUUUCCUUUGACGGAGACACUUCGUCUUAAAUUUGGUGGCAAAUUCAGUCCACUUCCAGUAAAAGUGAAUUGAAUGAGGAAAUUCACUGUUAAGUUGCAUGUACUGUUGGAAAGGUACACUGCUGGCCAAAAGUAUUGGCACCCCUGCAGUUCUGUCAGAUAAUGUUCAAUUUCGCCCAGAAAAU